AUGACAGAUACAAAUUCAAGUAUUGGAAAUUUGGUUCCUAAAGAAAGUGAUGAUAAAUCUACAAAAAAAGUUGGAGAUGAUGUGAAGACUCUUUUAGGCCCAUUUAUACAUAUUGCAUCAACAGAUAUAUACAGUGAUAAAACAAAAUUACCCCAAGAAGUUGAUGUUUUGAGAGAAAUGAUGGGAUUUGAUCUUUGUUUAUAUGUGCGUCCACUUUGGAUGGCAAAUCUUGUAGCAACAGGUGACAUUAAUGAGACUAUAUCUUUGGCUAGGAAUAAAACUGACUGGGUCAAUUUUGCCCUCAGCCUUUAUCUUUGUCCUAGAGCAAAAUUACCUUCUCAAUUAACUUGUAAUCAUAUGGCAACUAUAACUUAUGUUAAUGAAAAUAGAACAGAGGUGUUAAUUUAUUAUCCAUCAGAACCCAUUUUAGCUGAAGCAGCACUGGUGACUUUGCAAAAUGACUAUUAUCGAAAAGCUGCAAUAACAGUAUUGAAUAAUACAAUUUCUAUAGAUGGAAUAGUUAAUUCUGGUGACCAAGGAGAACUUGGCAUGAGAAUCAUUUUGCUGACUACUUGGAUGCACUGUAUUAAAAAAAGAGGUAGUAUUUUAUUUUUUUCUUGUAGAACACCUGUCAAGGACUUCAUGGAAGCACUUUUUCCCAGAUUUGGAAAAAUUAAGGAUCAUCACGAUACAUGGAAGGAUUAUGAAAUUGGGUUUACACAUUUCAUCCAAAUUACAUAUAAACCAGACUUGGAUACAUUUGAGAAAGUUUGGAUGCAUUAUGAUGCAAUAAAUCUAAAAUAUAAUCAUCAAGGUGGUGAUAUUCUGUUGGUUAUCAAGCAUAAAAAUAAAAAUGAAUUUGGAUGUGAAGAAUUGGGCAGUUGUGAAUCAAAAUAUAUAUGA